AAGUCGAAACGCCGGCUGGUCGCGUUUUCACCGCCAGUCUGACGCGGUUCCGGUUUGGGGUGAGACCGUGCGUUCUUCAGUCGUCCGGCAAAGCGUCGUUUUUCCAUUGGACUUGUUCGUCGUCUUCCGAUUGGAUUUUUGCGCGAAAUGUGACAGAAACUGGCCGCGAUUCGUAGUCGUCUCGUGCACUGUGAUAUUGUUUAUUAUUUUCUGCGUCAACGACCCGAUACCCUUUGACGAAAUGUCUGGAGUUUACGUUGUUUUUGUGGUCGCUUUGGUUUGUGUUGUGAGCGGGGCCGAGGACCCCUAUUUCGUCCGCAGUCCGAAGAACGUGGACGUGAUCCAAGGCAAAUCGAUUACGUUGCCGUGCGAGGUGACUCCCGCCGAUGGCAUCAGCUAUUACUGGGAAUUGAACGGAUCGAAAAUAUCGAACACCACACGUCGCUACCAAAUGGGCUCCGACCUGCAUGUGACCCGCGUGGAUCGCGAAAGGGAUUCCGGCCAGUUCACCUGCAUUGCGGUGGACACCACCGGACGGAAUCCAUCCAUUACCAGCUCACCUGCAUCACUCAACAUUCAAUGGAUAGGGGAGGCGUCCGUGCAGCUACAGGAGCCCCAGGCAGCCUCCUUCAUUCAGAGAGGCGGUGACGUCAUUUUGAGGUGUCAUAUGGACGCCACCGGCGACGUCCACUACGAGUGGUUUCGUAACGCGGAACGUUUGGAGAAGACGCCCAACAUCGACAUCAAGAAGAAACGUCUACACAUAAAACAUGCCAAGCCCAGUGACAACGGGGUGUACCGGUGUGCCGGAAGAAACGAAGCUGGCAUCGAGUACAGCGUCAAGAACUAUGCCUUAGCUGUGCCAGGUGGUGAAGACACUGCCAUCAUCCAAGUGGUGCCCUCCAAUCAACUCGUCAAAAGGGGAUCAACUGCCUUCUUCGAUUGCUCAUACAAAAACGUAGACGUCAUUGAAUGGUACUUCAAGGACAGCGGCCCACUAGAGUCCAACGACAGGAUUACCAUUCAUCCCAACAACACCUUACAAGUCAACGAGGUGCAGGAGUCAGACGAGGGACUUUACAGUUGUGUGGGGAUUCAGAGCGAAUCAACUGAAAUACCUCAAACUUACGCUGCCGAGCUCAAACUAGCCUAUAUCAGGGAAUUUAGAUCUACCUCAUUCGAACCAGCACUGCCAGAGAGUUCCAAAAAGAUUGUUGCUGAGAACUCACCCUUCCAACUCACCUGUCUGGAGCCUGACAGCAUUCCUAUGGCUAAGAAGUGGUGGCAAAACCAAUCAGGACACACGAUUUCUGACACAGGGGAUGUAAGAGUGGAUGAUGACGGCCGCCUAAUCAUCGACAACGUGCAGCUGAAGCACGCAGGCAUUUACUCAUGUGUAGCUGAAAGUAUUGCAGGAAAAACUGAAAAAUCUUUCGAAUUGAUCGUCACCACUAAACCUGAGAUAACAAGGCACCCCACCAGCAUAACCGUCGACGAAAACGACAGGUCGGUACUGACUUGCGCCUUCGCAACCAACUCCGAGCCCUACACCAUCGUGAGGUGGAGGAAAGACGGCAAACUCCUAAAGUACGAGUACGACCCAAACAGCAUGCACACCCCCAGAAUCAGGAUCUACAAGGACAACGGAACGUUGAUCAUUAACUCAACUCAAACGCAAGACAGGGGGGAGUACAUCUGCGAAGUUGUCACCACAGGUUUCCAACCUGUGGCCUCCAAUCCUGCCACCAUAUCUGUGAUAGAACAACUGCGGUUUUCCCCACCUCCAGUCAAUAAAAAGAUGGAGUUGGGGAGUGUGGCCAAGAUCCACUGCAAGGCUCAAGGUACUCCACCACCCAACAUCCACUGGGAAAAGGAGGGUGUUAGGUCUGAGAACUUGUCCAGCCACAUCACCGACAUGAACGGCACCCUGCACUUCAAUGGGGUGCAAGCUGAAGACAAGGGACGGUACAGUUGCAUUGCUAGUAACAGCCAAGGUACCAUCCAGGCCAACAUCACCAUUGAAGUAGUCGUUGCCCCCAAGUUCACGCUCCUGCCAAAGAACCCAACUGAAGUAAUCGAAGGCCAACCAGUGGCUUUGGACUGCGUGGUGGAGGGUGACCCCAAACCCACCAUCCAGUGGGACAAGAACUCGAAGAUGAACGACUUCGACAGUACCCGAUUCACCGUUCUGAAAAAUGGUACCUUGCUCAUCAGUGAGGUUCAUAAGGACGACGAAAACAAAUAUGGGUGUACCGGAGGAAAUAGUGGUGGAUUAAAUCGGAAGGAGAUUCAGCUAAUCGUGCACUCGAGGGAUGGCUUUCACCCGGACGAACUGGAUGGGGAUUCCACCGUCACAAAGGCAGUGCUGAUCACCAUGUCCGUGGCUGGAGCUUAUAUAAUUCUUGUUGUUGGUUUGAUGGUUUGGUGUAGAUACAGGAGGCGCUCAAGGAAGCUACCAAUUGGUGACGCCGCAAAAACUGAAAAUGGAGACGUGGAGCAUACGGAACUAAAAGACGGAACUAAUGGUCACAUUCCCGGCCCUUCCAAGGUGGAAACGAAUGGAAUCGAAGCCCACAAGGAGGGCCAAAGGAGUGACGGUGCCGAAACCACUCAUUCCCAAAGCUCCAACAACUCCAAGAAGUCCAAAAGCAACUACGACAAAAUAGCCCUUUCCAGAAGCCACUUGAAGGAGCUAAAACUGAUCGGACGUGGUGAAUUCGGUGACUGCAUGGUCGGGAAAAUCUCCAAAAGUGCCAUCGACAACAGGAACUCCCAAGCAACCACCCCCACCGAAGACAAGGAACUGAUAGUUUUGGUUAAGUGUCUGACUCAAACCAAAGACGAAGACAGCCUGGCGGAGUUCAAGCGGGAAAUCGACAUGUUCACCAAGUUGUCUCACGACAACAUCACCAAACUGUACGGCUUAUGUCGGGAAGUGGAGCCUCACUACAUGAUCUUGGAGCACACCGACUGGGGUGACUUGAAACAGUUCCUGGUCGCCACUAAGAAGGGUAACUCUCCGGCUCUGACGCCGGUCCAGUGCGUCGGUAUUAUCCACCAAUUGAGCAGAGGGAUGGAGCAUCUGUCCAACGCCCGAAUGAUUCACAGGGACCUGGCAGCCCGCAAUUGUCUAGUCACUUCCACGUUGAUCGCCAAGGUGGGAAUACCACGGCUGACCAGAGACCCGUACAGUCAGGAGUACUGCAAACACGUCAAUCAGAUAAUUCCCCUAAGAUGGCUGCCGUACGAAGCUGUGUAUGAAGAUGACUACUCAACGAAGAGCGACGUGUACUCCUUCGGAGUGGUGAUGUACGAAAUAUUCAGCCAGGGAGAGCUCCCCUUCCCCAAAAUCAACGACAACAGUUUCCUGACCAAACUCAAGGAGAAGAAACUGGAAUGGAAGGCCAAUGACACCACGCCGGAGAGUCUACAACCCAUCCAGGAGUCGUGUUGGAACAUGAACCCGCAGGACAGACCCACGUUCUCGCAACUGUCGAAGGACGUCGAAGAAAUACUUAAGUCAAUGUAAAUAUUUUAAUUGUGUAAAAUGUGUAAACCAAAAAUUCACCGAGAACGGGCGUUCUUUGUAGACGAUAUCUGAAUCGAAUUAUUGUAAUCAUAAGCUUCCAAUGUAUUUAAUUAAGAGUUCGUGAGCCUUUGAAGCAUUUUGUGAAAAAUUAUUUAGUCAAAAGUAAACGCGCCAUUUAGGUAGGGGUUUUCCGUUUCUAGAUAUUUAGAAAAUCGUUGACGAAUUUUAAGGAUUUAAGACUGUAUCUUUUGGUUUGUACCUCAUUAAUCUGUUUAGAUGAUAAGUAUUAGUAAUUCGUAAGUUAUUUAUUUGUACGUUUAAAUUGCGAAGCCGAAUUGUUUUAACACGAAUGAUCUCAAAUUUUCAGCAAGUUUUCAAAUAAAAUUUGUACAUAUCAGUUUUUUUAAAAUUAGACACUUGAUUGUAAAGCAUAUCAUAAGAUUUGUUUAAGUUUACAUAGGCAACUUGCAUUAGAAAAAGUGUUGACCAGUACUUAAUACACGUUUAAUAGAUUACAAGGUUAAACGUGUAUUAUAUAUAAUAACAUUAAAACAUUAUAAACAAGCUAGGAUCAACACUUAUUUUAAUGAAUUUUUCCUGUGGUUGUGUUGAAUUCAAACUUAUGCACUAUCUGUGUGGAAAAGACCUUUGUUCUUUGCCGCCUUCUUAAAUUAGAUGGUGGGUAAAGUUGAAUAAUUGUAUAUUGUAUGUCUGAAGCCACUAUUCACUGCCAAAACGAAGAAUACUCUCUUAUAAAACUCGAAUCUGUAAUAUUUUGUCAAUAAUUAUUAUACGACAAUUCAAACGAUCACAAUUUUGAGGGUCUUUUUAAACAUCUUAUGAACCACCCAUGAACUUAUUCAUUGGGCUUUUUGACAAUUUGCACUUAUAUAUAGCAUAGAACUUGAAUUCUAUAAAGAUUAAAAUGUCUGGACCAACUCAUUUUUUAAUUAAUUAACUAACUAACUGGUCUGUUGCCGACUUGAUUUAAUCUCUGUAGAAUUGGACAGUAGAUAUUAUAUUACUUCCAUAAAGUAGUAACCAAAAAAGUGUUUUCUUAAGAGACAUAAAGCUUAUGUGUUUUUAAAACUCUUAGGACAUCAUAAAAAUGUUAAUGUUUGACUUAGGGCAUUUUUAUGGUGCACACGCAACUAAGUUUUAAAAGUUUCAUAUAAAUGUAUUUAUAUAAUAAAUGUACAUUAAACAAAAACGUAGCUUAUAAGAUUGUACCCGAUGUUUUAAUAUUAAUGGGAUAAUGUAUGAUACUGUUUGAUUAUUGAUCUGUCCAUAUACAAUACAUCUACUUAGAGUUUGUAGCUUUUUAUAAUGAUUUUUUUAUACUUGUAAUGUCCAUUUUUAUAUAAUUAUGCAUUAUCAUCUAUUGUGAUAUGUAUUCUAAAUCAAUAAAUAUAUGUGUAUUAA